GGGGUAACUAAUCCCUCUCUCUCUCAUAAUGUCUUCUCUUGCACGACCGGGUGGUGGUCGAGACGAUGUCCCACCACCACCUCUACCUUCACCUCCACCAACAGCGACGGUUACUUCCCCCCCAACCCGUCUCUGAAAACUCCCUCCCGCCCUCUUCCUCUUCCCCUUCCCCUUCCCCUUCCCCUUCCUCCCUGUCUCGUCGCGCUCGCACGCUCGUCGACUUCUCGCGUAGCUCCGGCAAUCAUCACCGCCCGCCGCCGCCGUCAGCAGCAACCACAACCGGCCACCGCUCUUCCUUCGGUUCCGAGCCUCUCUCCCACCGCCACCACUGCCGCCACCACAAAAGGUCGGCCUCGGCCGUCGUCCCCUCCUGUCUUAACUUCCGCUGCUCCUCGUCGCGCUGGGGGUGCAAGCUCGAGCCGCGGUGCAGCGAGGUGUCUCCCAUGGCUAGCCGCGGGGAUCGCUCUUCGUCGUCGUCCGAGCUCAGAAAGAGGCAGCUCAAUGGACAGAAAAAGAAGGAGGAGCUGGAGAGAGAGGUUUCGAUGCUUCAACUCUUGCUGAGUCAAGAAGAGAAGGUGAGAGAGAUCCUGGAGCGCGUCCAGUCCCGGAAAAAUGGUUCGACCAAUGCGAUUCCAAAGUUUCUUCCACCUAAGAUUAAGGAGCUAUUAGCAGAGUUGGCAAUGGUUGAGGACGAGAUAGCCCGACUUGAAGGCCAAAUAAGCCGACUUCAAGCUAAUUUAAAGAAUGAAGAAGAAGCUACCAAGGAAGCAAAGUCCAGACAGACAAAGAUACCCGAAUUUCCGAGCAAUCCUCAUCCUGCUUCUGGCUAUCUAUCAUACACACCAAGUCCGAGCCCCUUGAACAGAGUUGUUCCUGAGAGGAUGGCCUUUGAGACCAAAGCAUUGCAUUUCAUAAGCAAAGCCAUCAAAGGGGAUUACAACAUCAAGGACUUCACUCUGAUUGAGAAAACGGGAAAUUCAAGACAAUUUUCCGAUCAGAAGGAGAAUCAUUUCCUCGAGGAUGCUAAGUUUCACGACAGGCUUCUGAGGAAAAGCCGGAUGCUGAAGCCGGCCUUGCCCUUGCAAGACCUAAGACACCCUACACCUAAGCCAAGGGAACGAAGGCAGGAGACCCCUCUGAAAUCGCCACCUAUGUUCAUGCCGAGUCCAAUGAAAGUAGAAGACAAUAAGCAAAAGUGGGAACCCAACAAGCUAUCUGAGAACAUUAUGAAGUGUUUGAACUUCGUUUUCAUAAGGCUACUCAGAAUGUCGAGAGUAAUGGAAUUAGAGAAGUCGGGUCCAGUUUCCCGGUCCCUGAACUCGACUCUCAACUCAAGAAGCUUCAGAGUUGAGACUGGACUGAGUUCAAGGCAACAAGAUCCAUACGGCGUGUUUGAUAUGGAGGAUUCUAUUCCGAGAGACAUCGGCCCUUACAAGAACCUAGUCAGAUUUACCGCAAGUUCUAUGGAUCCUAAGUGCAUUUCUUCGUCUAGUUCCAUUCCCUUACUAAAGAAGUUGAGGGACUUAAUGAGUCAUCUCAAGACAGUGGAUCUGCGAUUCUUGACAAAUCAACAGAAGCUGGCAUUCUGGAUCAACAUGUACAACGCUUGUAUCAUGCAUGGUUCUCUCCAGUACGGGGUGCCUUCUACUCCAGAAAAGCUGCUUACACUGAUGAACAAGGCUACCCUCGAUAUAGGAGGAAACACGAUAAACGCCCAGGCGAUAGAGCAUUUCAUCUUGAGGAAGCCUGCAACUUCUAAAAUUAUGGAGGUUCACAGAAAAGUCGAAAAGGAUGCCAAAGAGGACUUAGUCCGGGAAGUCUACGGGCUAGAGAACACGGAUCCUAAUGUCACUUUCGCUCUGUGCCGCGGAACCCGUUCAUCCCCUGCUGUGAGGAUAUACACGGCGGAUGGGCUUGCGGCCGAGCUAGAGAAGUCGAAGCUGGAGUACUUGCAGGCCUCUGUGGUGGUCACGGCCACGAAGAGGAUUGCGUUCCCAGAGCUACUGCUCCGGAACAUGCACGACUUCGCGACGAUCCCGGACGCCCUGGUCGAGUGGGUCUGCCACCAGCUGCCCACGUCCGGGACCCUCCGGAAAUCCAUAGUGGAUUGCUUCCGGAGCCACAACGGCGGCGGCGGCCAGGCACUGAUCACGGUCCAGAAGAUACCCUACGACUACGAGUUCCAGUACCUCCUGGCCAUGUAGUAAAUUCAACAUUCUUCUCCAGUCACGUCCUGUGAAGAAUCUAAUAAAGCUCGAGAUGCAAAAGGUCUAGAGACUAUUCUACUCUUUUUAAGGCGGAAGAUGGUGAAAUGUGCAUCAUUUUUGCACUCAAGAUCCAAGUUGGACCGCCUGAUUUUCCCGGUUUCUACUGAAAAUGUGCGUCCCCUGUUCGUCAUUGCAAUCGUCAUAGCAACUCCCCGGUCGGGCUAGAACCAUGCACGCGUUUAGGUUUCGUCUUUUGACCUUUUUUUUAUUCCCUCUCAUUAAUGAUUUGUUAAUUGAUGAGUGGACCGCUCCUCUUCUUUCUCCUUAGUCCCACUCGUCUUUGAAAGAAAUCUCUUCUUGGGCUACGUGCUUU